UGGACUCGGGAGGCCGCAUUGACCAAUCCAUCACCGCAACAAAACAUGUCGGCUGCAAUUCUAUCUCGCAGGCCCCUGCACGUCAAGGCUUCUGGAGCUCCAACGCCGCUGCGGGCGCAUAAGCGUGGCAAGCUCUCAACCAGCGGCGCGGGCUCUUCCAGCCCGCCCUCUAGCGGGUCCUCAAGCGCACCCGUCGUGCGCCGGCCCAUUGACCUCAUCGCAAACCAAAUCUCAGACCCCAUUCUGAGGGCAGCCGUGCAGGAGCCCGUGGCGUUCUGGGGUGGCGUGUUCGCGGGCGUGUUCCGCCUCAGCCUGGACACGGACCCCCUCAAGACCUGGGUGGAGCGGACGUCGUCGCAAGCACGAGCUGCCACUGGUCAGCCAGCGCCUCCGCCUCCGCCCGGCUCCUCCCGGCAAUGAGUCAGCGCUGAGCGGUGUGUCGCCAGCCACCAGAGGUGCGCCCAGGCAGCCGUGGUUAUGACCACCACUACCAGCAGCUGCGGGAGCAGCAGCAGCAGCAGCAGCAGCAGCACCAGCAGCAGCAGCGCGGAGUAAUGAGGAGUUGGGAGUGUUGGACUGCUGCUGAGGUGCACAGCUGUGGGGAGUCGGUGCGCUGGGACCCGGGCUCAGGCUCUGACGACGCGGGCGGGCGGUGCGGUAUGUACGGCGUACUGGAUACAGAUAAUGCAAGGUAGGACUCAGUUAGGAUCGAUGUGGGUGCAUAGAUAAGAGUCAGUUGCACAUGUUCUAAGGUUGCAGAGGUAUAUGGGACAUGAAAAAGGUUGCAGAGGGUGAACUUCUGAAGGAAGCUGAGGACACGGGUUGUCGGGUCUUAUUUUGUUGUGAUUCUCCCAUGCAUUGUUUCGGUGGCGAGCGGCGUUAUGGGUGCAUAGCUUGCUGAGCGUGCACUUGAGGCCGCACAAAGGCCUGGCGCUAACAGAUGUACCCGAUAUUGCAAUGAUGCUGCAAAGGACAUGUGCUGCUCCAGGUUGCAUCCGCCCUGGAGCAUUUCGGCCUCAACUGGCCUCUACCGGGCUCGACUCUCAACCAAAUCUAAUG